AUCACAUGGCUAUGUGCGGUCGUGUGCCCAAGUUGAAGUGAUUUUCGAAAUGAGACUCAGUUGGUUGAGUGGAGUCCAUGUGUCUCCAUAACGUCGGCCCGUUCGCAGCUGGCGUCUUUUGUUGAUUGUCAACGCCAUUUCAGUUCACCACCUAAGCUAGUUACCGUUCAGACAGGACAAAAGCAUCCCCAAGUUUCACAACCAUGGAAAGUGCCUUGACAAACAGAACCACGGUCCGACAAGAUCAAGUACCUUUCUUGGACUACCCGUCCCGGAACAGAGAUGAUAUCAAGCGCCGGCAAUGUCUGAUCUACCUGAUCCCGGGCAACCCCGGACUCAUCGCUUACUACGAGCCCUUCAUGAAAAUGCUCAGGCAACUCCUUGACGAGACUGAAGAGAAACACGGCUGCUGCCACGCCUUCCAUAUAUACGGGCGGAAUCUACUAGGUUUCGACGACGGGGACCACAAACCGGCGUUUGGGACGACGACGUCGUCAAGCAUCAAGACUGAACCCUUCACGCUCGAAGACCAGAUCCGCAGCUGCUACGACCAGGUCCAACAAAUCAGCACCUCCACUUUAUCUCACGGCAGAUCCUUCUCCUCGGUGAUCCUCAUCGGCCACUCCGUCGGGGCCUACAUCACCCUCGAACUCUUCCACCGCGCCGCCACCGCUCUAUUCAACACUGCCAAUCCUACCCCAAGAAAAAACCCCCUCCACUCCGCCAUCCUCCUCUUCCCCACAAUUUCUCACAUCGCCCGGUCCCGCAGCGGCCAAAAACUCGACCUGAUCCGACGCACCCGCUUCCUCGACCAAUCCGCCCACCACCUCGCCAAGUUCUUCGUGGACCUGCUGCCGCAGUGGCUACUGAGCGCCAUUGUUCGCCGCCUGCUAGGCUUCCCGCCCCAUGCGGCGGCCGCCACGGUGCGGUUCCUGGCGAGCGGCGACGGUAUUUGGCAGGCGCUGCACAUGGGCAAGGACGAGAUGGCCACGAUUGGGGACUCGGAGGGGAGGUGGGGGCAGGGGAUGUGGGAGGAGGGAAGAAGGAAGGGGGAAUCGAACGCAGAGGAGGAGGUUGAGGGAGAUGGGAACUUGAAUUGGGAUAAGGCGAAGAGGAGGGCGAGGUUUUUCAUUUAUUUUGCAGAGAAGGAUCAUUGGGUUGCGGACGAAUGUAGGGACGAGUUUAUUGAGAGGAGAAGGAGGGAGGGAAGGGGCGGCACGAGAGUCGUGGUGGAUGAAACGGGGAUUCCGCAUGCUUUUUGCAUCCACCACAGCGAGUCGGUGGCGGAGAAGGUGAAGGUCUGGAUUGAAGAUAUUGCCGGCCUUGAAUAA